UCUGCCACAAUUUCCCAUGGCCGGCUGGGAUGCCGCUCCUGCCCCUCGGCCCAUGGGCGGGGGUUACAAUGCAGCUCCCGCGCCUGCACCGCUGGCGCCGGCGCCACCGGGACGGCUGCAGGUCUACAGCGAAGACUGCGAGGGGCCAGUGGUAUCUGGGCAAAGCCCCACAAAUGUUUCAAGAAGCCCGGCGCGUAUCAGUACGCGACAGGAGUUCUACGUGCAGGACUUGCGUGACAACCGGCGAUUCAGGCCGGUGUCCCGCAAGGCUUUGCACGAAAAGACAGGAAAGCGGGAUCGCGAAGGUGACACUUCGAGGUCCAAACGCAUCACUUCCUUGGGCCGUGAGAACCUAAUGCUUUUGGAUCCAGAUGCCGCCGAGUUGCUGCUGCUGGAGCCAGAGGAUGCCGCGGUGGCCGAGCUCCUGGCCGGGGCCUGGCAAUGCCAGGUCUUUGCCUCGGUGUGCUGCGCCACCUGUCAGGCUCUGCUUGGCGGCCUCAGCAUUGCCAACUUGCUGCUGGCACUGGCUCUCUCAGAGGAGCUGCUGAGACUCAGUGAAAAGCUCUGGCCAUACCUGGGUGUCUUUUUGAUGCUGGCAGAGGCAGCCACUUUGGGCAGCUUCCUGGGCCUGGCGCGAGCGCUCUGGAUCAUGCAGGUAUCCCGCGGCACAGAUGAGCAGAUAUCAGGUGCGAGGAGGCACAGCGCAGUGCGAAUGCAUCUCAGCCAACGGCCUUGCGGCUGUGCCGUUUCUUUUCGGUAAGGCGGCUGUUGCUGGCAGUGCUCCAUGCGCUCACCAACACGGCUCUCCUGGUCCUGACGCUGAUCUCGGGGCCGGAGCCGCAGUUGUUGAUGGCACAGGGCAUCCUGGGGCUCGUGGCCUUUGUGCUUUGCCUCCCAGAGGCAGUCCAGCUAAUGUCUUCCUCGCCACGGCGGGUCUUCAACAGAGCUUGAGAUAUGUGCGCGCCAUGCGCUGCCGCAGUUUCACGGGUCGGUGCCAGCCCAGUCUGAAGUACAGACCGGGCAUUCCCAACCAUGCCAAAGAGCUGG